AAAACUUUCGUGCACCACAGCACCAUGGACGAAUUUCAAUCCUCUGAAGAGGUAGGUUUAAAGAAAAAACGCUACAUCAAAUUAUCUUGGGGAAACAUUUGAGUUCUCUUCCCCAGCUGCAUGGUUCAUGCAUCGGUAUAUUGUUACAUUGUAUUACAUAGACUACAUUAUGUUGCUGUGAUGUUACGUCUAUUAUUUGAGUGGGCCAGAUCAGCUGACCUCUAAGAAAAAUAAUGUGGCUAUCUCCUGUAUGUGGGGAAAUAAAACCAGGGACAAAAACACCAAAUGUCAUAAUGAAAAUGUUACUUUCCUAGCUAGAUCAAUUUAUAUUUCCGCUCCCUUUUCAGACUGCAUUUGUCGUUGAUGAUAUAACUACAAUCAUAAAAGAUGUAAGUAUUUGUGCAAUUUCUGAUAUUACUACAAUCAUAAAAUGUAUUUGCAAUUUCCUAAACAAGUGGUGAUUGACAUGUCAGUGUUAACUGAAAUAAAUACUUAGACUGUGGAGACAACUAUUGGAAGCAGUGCCUAUCAACAAAAUCGAAUUAACCAAUGGACAUCCAGUGUGGUGGAGACAAGUCUGAACCAACUGUCCAAACUGGGAAAACCCUUUAAAUACAUAGGUAACACCUCUUGUUAUGUUGUGUCCAUUACAGUUGUAAAAUGUAAAAGUAUGGCAAUGAAAGGACCCAACAAAAUCAGGUAAUGAUUUACACAUUUUCACUGUGUUCAUCAUUAGUGACUUGCAUCAUACUGCAGAAAAAUGGAGCAGGUCUGCAUACUGCCAGCUCUUGCUUCUGGGACAACACUAUGGACGGUAAGCAAUGUAACAAUGUUUUGCAGACAGUGUCUACAAAGCGAAGGAAUAGCAGAGGCCCGCAAUGGUUUUUCAUAAACUGUAGAAUGUUGGAACGUGAACUAUCACAAUCUGUGUUUCCGUUUCUCUUCCAGGAAGCUGUACCGUGAGAUGGGAGAAUAAAACCACGUACUGUAUUGUCAGUGUCUUUGGGUUGGCUGUCUGACUUGAACAACCACCAUCUAUCUUCUCCUAUUUUGCAAUCAGACAUUUUUCCCAACCCCAGUGAAACCGGUCAUUGAUUUUCAGUAUAAUCAACUAAUAAAUGUAGCCCUUGGUUUUGAACUCCACAACUUGUCAAUCAUUAAAUACACCCGUCUUAUUCCUUAUCAUAUUAAGCGGUUUAGAAGUUUAGCUAAGUUCAUAAAUCUGCAAUAAACAG